AUGAGCCGCGCCAACGUUAAUUCGGUGUUCUACGCCGAGGAGUACCACCCGAUUCAAGCCGGCAGCAUCGACGGCACCGACAUCCUUCCCCACGACAACGCCGUCUACAGAGCCCUUCUCUGCUCCAACGCCGCCCUAUACGACCCGUAUGGCGACCCGAAAGUCAUUGGGGACCCUUACUGCACUAUCUUCGUCGGCCGCCUCUCUCAUCUCACCACCGAGGACACUCUUCGCGAUGCUAUGAACAAGUAUGGGAGGGUGAAGAACUUGCGUUUGGUCAGGCACAUAGUGACAGGCGCCUCACGUGGUUAUGCAUUUGUUGAGUUUGAAUCAGAGAAGGAGAUGCGUCGAGCAUACAAGGAUGCUCAUCAUACUUAUAUUGACGAUUCGGAAAUCAUAGUUGAUUAUAAUCGGCAGCAGUUGAUGCCUGGUUGGAUUCCAAGAAGGCUUGGUGGCGGCCUCGGUGGCAAGAAAGAGUCGGGACAACUACGAUUUGGAGGACGAGACAGACCAUUUAGAGCUCCACUGAGACAGAUUCCAUUUGAUGAUUUGAAAAGGCUUGGUAUUCCACCUCCGCCCGAAGGAAGAUACAUGUCACGUUUUCAGAUCCCAUCUCCACCCAGAAGAAAAAGAAGCUAUAGUUCUGAUAUUGAGGACGAGUUUAUUGGGCAUCAUGGGGAAAAAAGACGGCGUGCCUCAUCCCAUAUUGGGGGUGAAAGGUCACCGAGUUCAGAUCGGCAUUACAAACAGCAUAAACAGCAAAAUAAUCGUUCGCAUUCCAAUAAGCAGGAUAAGUGGCCAGAUGACACUGAUUAUUCAUCAUAUGAGCGAACGAGACAUGUUGACAAGGAAAAACGAGUCCACAGGGAUCACGAAGAUUCACAUCGACAUCGUAGGAAAAAAAUGGGAUCUUUGAGGACUCUUCUGCUGCUGAAUGCCGUCCUCUUCUUGCUGUCGGUGCCUGCUGCUCUUUCUGAUAAGGAAGAAGAUAACCUUCUCCAGGGGAUCAACAGCUUCCGGCAGGCGUCCAGCCUGGCGCCCCUCGCGAAGAAUGACCGCGCGGAGUGCGUUGCUGACGAGAUAGCCGACCAGCUGGAGGACACGCGGUGCCCCGUUGGGCCCACGCCCGAGAACAUGUCGUCUCUCGCCAGCUACCCCGAGGCCCUGGGCAAGUGCCACGUGGACGUGAGCACGACAGGUGGCGGGUCGGUCCUUCCAGUUUGCGUGCCCCACCGCGUGGCGACACUUGUCCUAACCAACUACACGCACUCCCCACGGGCCUCGAGGGUCCUCAACGACUCGAGGUUCACUGGGGCCGGAAUCGGGACAGAGGAUGACUGGACUGUGCUUGUACUCACGACUGCAACAGCUGGGGGAAGCUUUGCCAGCGGGGCCGCCAACUUGCUGCUGACAUGGCAGACUGUUGUCUGUGCUGUUGUUUUUGUGUUGGCUGGGUUUUCUGUGUAA